GCGACUGGGAGAUACCAGUGGGAUCGUCUCCUUGAACGACCGGGGGGUGAAUGUCACCUCGAUUAUGAACUGGCUCGCCGGACAGAAGGGAGGGGAUAGGCUGGUGCAGUUCGUUGGAGCCGGGGUAUGGACCGAUGGGUGGAGAUCUUUGAAACGAAAAGACGGGGAUUCCACUCUCCUGAUCGGAGGAAUAGAGAUACUUCUGAGGAAUGCGAAGGCCAUUCUGCAACAAGGUGGUGAAGUCCGUAUUUUGCAAGUUGUGAGAUCGAAAUCCACCACUGAGCGGAACAGAGCUUGGCUCGUGAAUCUACUGAGAAGACCGAAACCAGACUCACGACUGAGACCUCUGCACAUCAAGAAGCUCAUUGGGCUGUACAGGACGGCAGGGCUGUUCACUGACAAGCAAACUAAGCACCGACUACGCACGAAACUGGAUAGGGUGAUUGCCAGUAGGACCGGAGUUAGCGUGAGGAAGAGGGUGAAUGUUAAGAUCCCGUAUGAUACACAUCUGAAGAAGGUGGGGAUACGAAGGAGCACCGAACGGGUCGUAGACUUGGCAAUUGACGAGAAGAUUUUGGCAGAUUUUGUCAAGACUAGGAUCCGGAUUCUUUGGCUCAGGAAUCGGAGUUUAGCUGAACUAUUACAUAACCAGAAGAGGUACGCAAGCGAGGUGGAGCACCCUUGCGCAUGCAGGGGAAAGGACUUACCGAAGCGAGGUGGACAUGUGCUCACACGGUUUUCGGAAUUAGAAGUAACAGACUUUGUCCGGAACUCCAAGAACAUCACUAGACCAGCUCUAACUCAUGGCUCUGACAAGAUCGCUGAGGCGAUUUUUCUUGCCACUAAGCAUUUGAAGAGGGCCACGACUCCGGUGGUGAAACCGGGUGAUGUGCUGAUGGAACAAUGCCAUGCUACUACUGCCUGGACCGAUGAGGGGAUCAGGACCUGGAAGGGGAGGUUUGAAGGGCUGGUACUUGCUCCAAUCGACCGGAAUCAGGGUGACACGGCUGUGAUGUGCCCGGUACUUUACCGACAUGGGUUCAGGAAGACGUUUGCUUGGAACCCGAAUUACGUGCAGGUCGGUGCACUCGAGAAUGAAGAGGCUGUCCUCAAGGAGAGUAAGGAUGAGUUCGGGAAGAGAGGACUGGCGGCGAUCGGAGCUUGGAGACCGGAUGGUCGCCUGGGAAUGGCGUAUGUUAUACCCAAGCACAAGGACUUGGCAGGCUGGCGAACGAUAGCACCGGCACCUGUGGAUCCCGCGUCACUAGCUCAACGGCGGGUGGCUAGGGCGCUGCACCAGAUGCUCAAAUGACUACCAGCAGGCAGCAUCUUUUAUCUGAACUCGGUUUCUGAGCUUCCGGAGAG